AUGGCUGUUAACGGCUUUGAUAUGGGGUUUAAUGACUGUACCAACUUCAACCGCGGGUUUGUUACAGAGCCCGGGCAGUUUGACUCCCGAACCAGCCAAAUGGGGCCGCACAACCCUGAGUUUCUAAACUUUGGGUUCUAUUUCAGUUUCCUUUCUUCUGGGGAUAUUGCCUGCAUGGCAAUCUGUUCCAGCAGCUACUCCACCAUCAUGGCCUUCUGCUUCCUGGAAGAGCUUCGCUGGGAAUUUGCUGCUUCCUACAACACAAGGAGCAUCAAUUCAGCUUCCAGACCAUAUGCUUUCAUUGAAUUUGACAACACCAUUCAGAAGGUGAAACAGCAUUUCAACAGCAGCCGUGGCUCCAGGGCCAAGGGCAGCUGGCAGAGGGUGGAGGAGGAGCUGAGGCUGCAGCCCCCGGUGCAGCUGCAGCUGGAGAACACGGAGCUGCUGAACGGGCUGAGCAAUGGAGGGCACGCAGGAGGCCAUGUGGAGGUUGCCCCUACUUACAGAAUGCAGCCUGUGACCCCCCUGGGGAUUCUGUCACUUGUUCUGAACAUCAUGUGUGGAGCUCUGAACCUCAUCCGAGGGGUUCACCUGGCAGAAUAUUCCUUCCAGGAGGACCAUGAAGGAAUUGGAAAUGUGAUAGCUUUUUUUCUACCUUUUCUAGCCUGUGUUUUUCAGUGUUACCUGUACCUCUUCUACAGCUCAGCCAGGAAGGUGAAGACUUUUGUGCUCCUUUUCUGUGUCUGUUCAUGCAACAUCUACUUGUAUGGACUGAGGAACCUCUGGCAAAUCUCCUUCCACAUAGGAGUGGCUUCUCUUUCCUCCUACCAGAUCCUGACAAGGCAGCUCCUGGAGAAGCAGCCUGACUGUGGUGUAUGAAAAAAAAACAAACAACAAACUUGGGGUUUGCUACUCUGUUUUUACAACUCUUUUUUUGUAUUCACCUGGCCAGAAAUAGCUCAGAGUGUUUUUUAAGCAUCCAUGGCAAUGGUUAUUGCAAGGAGAACAGCUCCAAGCAACUUGGGAUGAGCAGGAUCCUGUAAUUCUGUCCAGCACACAGCGAGGGGUGCAGCUCUAUUGCACAUGGUGGAGCUUGCAUUGUCACCAGAGAUGGAAGUUCUUAUUUUCAGCAGGCUUUUCCUCCUUGGCUGCCACCAUGCAGACAGCAUUUUGUCAUUUGUCCCACUGGCUCUGGGACAGCUGGGCAGGUCAGUCUUGCCCUGCUGCUGCAAAUACUCCAAUUGUGUGGUAAAACAAGGGUAAAGUGAUGGGUAACAUUUCUGUCUCUAGAUUGUCCUGGUAAAUGUGAGUAAAGGGCUGUUUGCUGUAAUUAGUGGGGAAAAUGCUGAGGGUGAGCUUCAGGAUUUUUCUCUAGGUUUGGAAGGACAGGGAAAGGCUGUGGCUCUUUCAUAAACCAUAAAAUCUAUAAAUAUCUUGGCUGAACAGCACAUUGCAGUUUAGUGUGUGCUCAUGGGUUAAUUGCAAAUAUGCUUGGGGCAGCAGAAAAUAAUCCAGGUGGGUGUAAGGGAUCUGUCAGCUCCUGUGGCCUUUGUUUCCUUGGCUAAGGUCGCUUUCAGGAUAAGGGCAAUUCCAUGUUUGCUUGGCCUGGAUGGAUAAUAAAUCUUCCAAGCCUAUUUAUGACAGGCCACUGACUCCUUCACCUUUUUUUAAUAAAAUGAGUAGCUGGUGAGUAGGAAGCCAUUUCCAGGAAUGGAAAGCAAGAGCAGGUUCUCUUUGUUCUGUAGAACACCUGUGGUUAAUGGUGGUGAAUUCUGACACUCAGAUCUGAGUUUCUGGGUGUGCACUUUGGAACUGGGGACUGGAAUUCCCAACCUCUGCUGCACUGGCUGUUUUAUUUUGUCAUGGAUCCAGGUGCACAGGGGCAUUUUAGGGCAUAGAUGAAUAAUUCAGGCUGGCUGUUCAAAAAAUGCAUAGCAGUUUGUUGCAGCUGUCCUUGAGGGCUUGUAGAGGUUCACACUGUAGGUAUGUUAUUGUGGAAUUAUGGUCCUAAAAUUUCCUUUUAUUUUUUUUCUCUUUCUGGUCAUUCCCAUUUCUUUCACCAAAGAUUUCUUUUUCUUCUCACAUAGUCUCUACCUCUGGUUGCAAAGAGAUUAACAUGCAGCAGAGUUGACUUUUUUUGCAGGAACACUUGACAAAAUUCCUUUCUUUUAUCUCAGUGACUUUUCCUGGAAUCUCAGGAUGCAAACACGAGGAUCAGAAUAGAAAUUUGUGGUGCUGGAC